AUGGCCCGGCGCGAAGCGGCGGCCGCCCCCGGCCUCUGCCUGCUGCUGCUGCUGCUCCGCGGUGGGGGGCUCUUCCCCCCCGCCGCCGCGCAGCCGCCGCCGCCGCCGCAGCGCGGGAGCGUGUGGUGCCCCAGCCGCUGCCUCUGCUUCCGCACCACGGUGCGCUGCAUGCAUCUGAUGCUGGAGAGCGUCCCCGCCGUGUCCCCCCAGACCACCAUCCUAGACCUAAGAUUUAAUAGGAUUAAAGAAAUCCAGCCUGGAGAGUUUAGACGGCUUAAAAACCUGAACACACUGCUUCUAAACAACAAUCAAAUCAAAAGAAUUCCUAGUGGGGCAUUUGAAGAUCUUGAAAAUCUGAAAUACCUCUAUUUGUACAAGAAUGAAAUCCAGUCAAUUGACAGGCAAGCAUUUAAAGGACUUGCCUCUCUAGAACAACUGUAUCUGCACUUUAAUCAAAUAGAAACGUUGGAACCUGAAUCCUUUACUCAUCUUCCAAAACUUGAAAGGCUGUUUUUGCAUAACAACAGAAUAGCUCAUUUGAUUCCUGGAACAUUUAGUCACUUAGAAUCUAUGAAGAGACUGCGUUUGGACUCGAACGCUCUUCACUGCGACUGUGAAAUCCUGUGGCUGGCGGAGCUUCUGAAGACGUACGCGGAGUCAGGAAAUGCUCAGGCAGCAGCUACCUGUGAGUAUCCACGAAGGAUCCAGGGAAGAUCAGUGGCCACGAUAACACCAGAAGAACUGAACUGUGAGAGGCCAAGAAUUACGUCAGAGCCUCAGGAUGUGGAUGUUACCUCAGGGAAUACGGUGUACUUCACUUGCAGGGCUGAAGGCAAUCCUAAACCAGAAAUUAUCUGGCUUCGAAACAAUAAUGAACUCAGUAUGAAAGAAGAUUCCCGUCUAAACUUGCUAGAUGAUGGCACGUUGAUGAUUCAGAAUACUCAAGAAACAGACCAAGGCAUUUACCAAUGUAUGGCAAAAAAUGUUGCUGGAGAAGUGAAAACUCAGGAAGUUACUCUUAGAUACUUUGAGUCACCAGCCCGGCCAAGUUUUGUGAUUCACCCACAAAAUACUGAAGUGCUGGUUGGAGAGAGUGUUACCUUGGAGUGCAGUGCAACUGGGCACCCUCAGCCACGAAUUACCUGGACCAAAGGCGACAGAACCCCUCUACCAAAUGACCCUCGCAUCACAAUAACUCCAUCAGGAGGACUUUAUAUACAAAAUGUAAAGCAGGAGGACAGUGGCGAGUACACCUGUUUUGCAACUAACAGCAUAGAUAACAUCCAUGCAACGGCAUACAUCAUAGUCCAAGCUCUACCUCAGUUUACUGUCACUCCACAAGACAAAACAGUGAUUGAGGGACAAACCGUUGACUUCCCUUGUGAAGCUCAAGGUUAUCCCCAGCCUGUUAUUGCCUGGACUAAAGGAGGAGGCCAGUUGUCUGUUGACAGAAGACACUUAGUUCUAUCCUCUGGAACGCUGAGGAUUUCCAGGGUUGCUCUGCAUGACCAGGGACAGUAUGAAUGCCAAGCUGUCAACAUUAUUGGAUCUCAGCGGAUCGUUGUAUACCUGACUGUUCAGCCUAGAGUGACUCCUGUAUUUGCCAGUGUUCCCAGUGACAUGACAGUGGAGGUGGGCACAAAUGUGCAGAUCCCAUGCAGUGCUCAAGGAGAGCCAGAGCCAGUCAUUACAUGGAAUAAGGAUGGAGUACAGGUAACUGAGAGUGGAAAAUUUCAUGUUAGUCCAGAGGGAUUUCUCACCAUUCGCGAUGUUGGCACAGCCGAUGAAGGUCGCUAUGAAUGUGUUGCCCGCAACACCAUAGGAUACUCCUCUGUUAGUAUGGUGCUUAGUGUAAAUGUUCCUAAUGUCAGCCGCAAUGGAGAUCCGUUUGUACAAACGUCAAUUGUGGAAGCAAUUGCAACUGUUGACAGAGCAAUAAAUUCAACACGUACACAUCUGUUUGACAGUCGUCCUCGUUCACCAAAUGAUUUGCUAGCCUUAUUUCGAUACCCAAGGGACCCAUACACUGUUGAGCAAGCAAGAGCUGGGGAAAUAUUUGAAAGGACCUUACAGCUUAUUCAAGAUCAUGUACAAGAUGGUCUAAUGGUUGACCUGAAUGGAACAAGUUAUCACUAUAAUGACCUUGUAUCCCCACAGUACUUGAAUCUGAUAGCCAAUCUCUCAGGCUGCACAGCCCAUCGACGAGUGAACAAUUGCUCAGAUAUGUGCUUUCACCAGAAGUACAGGACACACGAUGGAACAUGCAACAACCUUCAGCAUCCCAUGUGGGGCGCUUCUCUGACAGCUUUUGAACGUCUGUUAAAGUCAGUCUAUGAGAAUGGAUUUAAUUUGCCUCGGGGAAUUGAACCCAGAAGACUCUCUAAUGGCUAUGCACUCCCAAUGCCUCGCUUGGUUUCAACUACUCUGAUCGGGACGGAAACCGUAACUCCUGACGACCAGUACACUCACAUGCUCAUGCAGUGGGGUCAGUUUCUUGACCACGACCUUGACCUCACCGUGGCUGCGCUAAGUGAGGCCAGGUUUUCAGAUGGUCAGCAUUGCAGUUCCGUUUGCACAAAUGAUCCUCCAUGCUUUUCAAUCAUGAUACCGCCAAAUGAUCCCAGAGUCAGAAAUGGUGCACGAUGCAUGUUUUUCGUACGCUCCAGCCCAGUUUGUGGAAGCGGGAUGACAUCUCUCCUGAUGAAUUCUGUGUAUCCACGAGAACAGAUCAACCAGCUGACUUCUUACAUUGAUGCGUCCAAUGUGUACGGCAGUUCAGACCAUGAAGCACUAGAAAUCAGAGACUUGGCAAGUCAAAGGGGUCUUCUGAGGCAGGGCAUUGUACAGAGAUCUGGCAAGCCCCUUCUUCCAUUUGCCACUGGCCCACCAACAGAAUGUAUGAGAGAUGAAAAUGAGAGCCCAAUACCCUGCUUCUUAGCUGGUGAUCAGCGCUCUAAUGAACAGCUGGGUCUUACCAGCAUCCACACGUUGUGGUUUAGAGAACACAACAGAAUUGCCACAGAGCUACUGAAACUCAAUCCACACUGGGACGGUGACACAAUAUAUCAUGAAACACGCAAAAUUGUUGGUGCAGAAAUGCAACACAUAACAUUUAGCCACUGGCUCCCUAAGAUCUUUGGAGAGGUAGGCAUGAAGAUGCUUGGCGAAUAUAAGGGUUAUGAUCCCAGUGUUAAUUCUGGCAUAACUAAUGAGUUUGCAACUGCCGCUUUUAGGUUUGGUCACACACUCAUUAAUCCUUUUCUGUAUCGACUGGAUGAAAACUUUGAACCUAUUCCACAAGGCCAUCUACCUCUUCAUAAGGCAUUCUUCUCUCCAUUUCGGAUUGUAAAUGAAGGAGGCAUUGAUCCACUUCUAAGGGGAUUUUUUGGUGUUGCUGGUAAGAUGCGUGUCCCGUCACAAUUACUCAAUACAGAAUUAACAGAAAGACUCUUCUCCAUGGCACGUACUGUGGCUUUAGAUCUGGCAGCUAUGAAUAUUCAGAGAGGCAGAGAUCAUGGAAUUCCUCCCUACCAUGAUUUUAGAGUUUACUGUAACCUUUCUUCAGCUCAGACUUUUGAAGAUCUGAAAAAUGAAAUUAAGAAUCCUGAAAUCAGGGAGAAACUUAGCAGGUUGUAUGGCUCCCCACUGAACAUAGACCUAUUUCCUGCUCUCAUGGUGGAAGAUUUAGUUCCAGGAACUCGACUGGGGCCAACUUUGAUGUGUCUGUUAAGCACACAGUUCAGGCGUAUUCGGGAUGGAGACAGGUUGUGGUAUGAAAACCCAGGUGUGUUCACACCUGCUCAGCUCACUCAGAUCAAGCAGACAUCUCUUGCCAGAGUUUUGUGUGACAAUGGUGACAACAUAACCAGGGUACAACAUGAUGUCUUUAAGGUGGCUGAAUUCCCACAUGGAUAUAGUAGCUGUGAAGAUAUUCCUAAACUGGACCUCAGGAUGUGGCAAGAUUGCUGUGAAGACUGUAGAACCAGAGGACAGUUUAAUGCAUUUUCAUAUCACUUUCGGGGGAGACGUUCUCUUGACUACAGCUUUCAGGAGGACAAGCCCCUGAAGAAAAUGAAAAUGUCCAAAUCAGUAAGUUCUGUGAAAAAGAAUAAAUAUUUUCGUAAUGCCACAUCCGCAUCUAAUGAAAACAGAAAUGUACCUGCAGUGAAUGACUUCAAAGAAUUUGUUUUGGAAAUGCAAAAAACUAUAUCAAGCCUCAGAAAUCAGAUAAAAAAACUUGAAUCUCGCCUCAGUAAUUCUGAUUGCACUGAUGAAGAGGGUAAAUCAUAUUCCAGCAAUGAAACCUGGAAAAGGGACCCAUGUACUGUGUGUGAAUGCAAAGUUGGUCAGAUUACCUGUUUUGUAGAAUCGUGCCCGCCAGCUGACUGCGAAGCACCUGUGAAGGGUAAAGGAGAUUGCUGUCCAGUCUGCUUACAACAAAAUACUAAUAAAAAGAAGCCAUAAGUCUACUUUUUUAAGAAUUUAGGGUGCAUACUCCUCAAAUCAUAUCAAUGCCUGCUGAUGGCAAAAACAGGUAACUGCAGUCCUAACAACAGCAAGAAAUCAAGAUUUACAAUAUUCUAAUGGUGCUGCAACAGUAUAACAUAAUGUAUCAUUUUAUUUUCUGCCCAUGAAGGUAAAUCACAAUGCAAAAAUUAACAAAAGGGAAAAUAGCAGACAGGUCAAAGUUAACUGUGUGUUAUACUUCUCAGGUUAGACAAACUCGAACUGGUGCUACUUUAAAAUAACACUGUCAGGUAGUUUUAGGUACCCAAAAGUACUGGGUUUAGGAUUUACUCUAAAAUGAACACUUUUUUUUUCCUAUCUUUACUUAGUAAAAUUAAAAGUUUACUGUCCCUUUCUAGUACCAGUCUGUCUUGAUACUUAACUUUUUGCUGUUAUUUAGUAAAAUGCCAGGAAAAAGAAAACACAAGGUCACUGCGCCCGAAGCAAUGCCAUGCCAGGCCAGGUUUCUGCAAACAUCAAUGCAUAGAAAUUCCGUUAAAUCACACUAUCACUUCAGGGCCUGGACCAGCAAGGAAAUAAAGAAAGCUACUUGACACCUUUCAACAACCUUUCCUUAAUUUAAGGAGCAAAAUUAAACAAAUUUUCUAUGCAAUAAAAGCUAGAAUUAGUAAGGAAAUAUAAAUAACUGUAAUUGGAAGGAAGCAAAAGCAACUGAAUGUGUAUUAUAGAUGUAAUUGACAGUGUUCCUCAUUCUAGGGAAACAUGCAUGACAGAGUAGCAUUUGAUCUUAAAAAUUAGCAUAAUCCUUUUUGUCAAAAUAUUUGUAAUUGCUUGACAGCAUUUUUUUGUUUGUUUGUUUCAUUUGUUUUAAAUUUUUGUAACAUAACCAUCCAGGUCAGCUUGAAAACAUGCUUCUCUUGAUCUCAGAUCAGCUCAUGUAAUUGUAUGGCCCUGUUCUGAAAAUGUGAAAAGAUGUCACAUUUUGUAUACAAAGUUCCUACUGAUUCAUUGCGCAUACUGUCGGUAGACAUAUGUAUGUUCCUGAUUAUAUUGUGGCACUGUUGAAAAAAACCAAAAAUCAAAAUCAAGCGGCAUGAUUAAUUGUGGAUUGACUACUUUUUCUGACAAGGUAUUUGAUAUCUUUUUUUUUUAUUUCAAUUUCAUCUAAUGAAUUUUUACCUUUGAUGAAUACCUUCAGUUUCAUCUAAUGUAUAUUUACCUUAAUAUUUUUAUCAUUUUUGUCAAAAAUGGUCCAUCAAUGGACUUAUCUCCCAUUUAAAUGUUUAACAUUAUAGAGUAUAUGUCUACACUAGCAUUUCAAAAUUGUGUAUUUUUUAGGAUGCCAACUGUGUAUUUUUGACCAGGAAUUAUAUUGAGUGAAGGACAACUACCAUACCUCAUUUUACAGGUUGUUUGUUUUUUUUUUUUUCUGUUUAUUCAGUAUUGAUUAUUUCCCUGAAUACUCAAUUUGUUAGAGCUUAUUGCCCUGUCCUUUAAUCCUAGGUCAGGACUCUCUAGAACCAGACCUACUUAUAUGGUUCACUGACUUCUGAGUUCAAGCAUUUAAAUUCAAGGGACAGGGAUUGGGGUAUCAAAGAAAUCUGCACAGAAUUAAACCUUCAUAUGUUAAGCAUUUCAGAUUAUGCAAACAGACUGAGUACUUAAUUAUUGCAUGGUAGGACAAAUACCUGUCUAAUAACUAACCUAGCACAGCAAUAUGAAAUCCACUAUCACAUUUUGGCACAUAAUUUCUCUGAUUACUAACAUUAAUAAUUUCUAAUUUGAUAAACUGUUACCAUAACACACAUUCAAACUUUGGUGUAACUUUAAAGCUUACUACAGAGGCUUUGUUUCAUACUAUAGUAGAAGCAGUAUGUACAUGUGAGUGCUGUGUUAAAGGUUUGUGGUACACGUGGAAUUGCAAUUUAUAUUCUUAAGAAUAUUUUAAUUGAUUUUAUAUACAAUGUUUUGAUUUACGUAAUAUCCUUUGUUAAUACUUCUAGAAAUUGUGUGGCGAGCAUGUUUGAGUAUCAUAUGGUUCCUAAAGAUUGUCAUUCCUGUAUUUCUUUGAUACUCUGUGUUUUGUUGACUUUUCUUGAGAGUCCAAACCACAUGUCUCGUCCUGUAAUUCCAACUCAGAUGGAACUCCCAUUGACCUAUAGCAGAAAUUCCUCAAAGAGGAAGGGUUGCAGAGCUAAACCAAAUACAAUUUAACUGCCCAAACGUUUAAAUAAGGCAGUAAUACAUCCAGCUGGUUACUACUUGCAUUCUUUAAAUAAACUUUCUCAAGGUUUCCGCUUAUAGGAGAAGAGUUUCCAUUUUAUACAUUAUAAAAUAGUACCUUAUAUCUGAUUGUUCCUUUUCUCCAGCCUCCAGAGUAAAGUGGGAGGUUUUCUUCAUUGUUCACUGUUUAUUCAUAUGGUAUAUAAAAGGAGCUUAGGAGUCCGGAUAUGCUUAACAAGUGUAACAAGUCUAAUAUUGAGUUAUUUUCCACCAUCCAUCUGUUUAUAAACCAGGAAAAACAGGUCUUUAUCCACAGUCUAAAAUGUAAUCAGUCAUGGAUUGUACUAGUUCAGUUUUGUUGCAGUGUCUCUAGAAUCAGUGUUGAUUUUAACAUUUCUGAAACAGUGGCCAAUUUUUAGAUGACCAUUUCCUCAGUAUCCACUGUGAGAAUAUUGCUGUAAUAUGAUGCAAAUUUUACAUAUUUAUUUUUUUAAUGUUACCUAAAACAAAGUUGUUGUUGUUGUUAUUUUAACCAGUAAAUUUACCAAAGAACUGUUUGCAC